AUGGCCUCAACUGGAAUUGAUCCCUUUUUGAAGGGGAAUACCGGCAGAAACACCCGUGGCCUCCUCCGCAUCGUGAUUCUAAGCACUAUCGCCGCGGCCGCUGUUGCCAGUCGACUUUUCAGUGUUAUUCGCUUUGAGAGUAUUAUCCACGAGUUCGAUCCUUGGUUCAACUUUAGAGCCACCAAACAUUUGGUCGAGCAUGGAUUCUACAGCUUCUGGGACUGGUUUGAUGACCGAACAUGGCACCCCUUGGGCCGUGUCACUGGAGGAACGCUCUACCCCGGAUUGAUGGUUACCAGUGGUGCAAUUUACCAUUUCCUGCGCCUCAUUUCUAUCCCCGUCGAUAUUCGCAACGUUUGUGUGCUGCUUGCCCCCGCCUUCUCGGGGUUGACUGCAUUUUCAACCUACCUCCUGACCAACGAGAUGACGACCUCUCCCUCUGCCGGUUUGCUGGCAGCCGCUUUCAUGGGAAUCGCCCCCGGAUACAUUUCCCGAUCUGUCGCCGGAAGCUACGAUAACGAGGCAAUCGCCAUCUUCCUCUUGGUAUUCACCUUCUUCCUAUGGAUCAAGGCAGUUAAGAAUGGUUCCAUCAUGUGGGGAACGCUGACAGCCCUGUUCUACGGCUACAUGGUGUCUGCAUGGGGUGGAUACGUAUUCAUCACCAACUUGAUCCCUCUGCACGUCUUUGUCCUUGUCUGCAUGGGCCGGUACAGCUCUCGUGUGUAUAUCAGCUACACUACGUGGUAUGCCCUGGGAACUCUGGCGAGCAUGCAGAUUCCGUUUGUUGGUUUCCUGCCUAUUCGCAGCAGUGACCACAUGGCUGCUUUGGGUGUCUUUGGCUUGAUUCAACUUGUCGCCUUUGUCGACUUUAUCCGUUCUCAAGUCCCUGGAAAGCAGUUCCAGACACUUUUGACGUCUUUGAUCCUAUUGGUCUUUGGUGUGUCGCUUCUCGGACUUGUUGGCCUUACUCUUUCUGGUGUUAUUGCGCCAUGGAGCGGUCGUUUCUACUCUCUGUGGGAUACCGGAUACGCCAAGAUUCACAUCCCAAUCAUCGCAUCCGUGUCCGAACACCAACCGACCGCUUGGCCAGCUUUCUUCUUCGAUCUCAACUUCUUGAUCUGGCUUUUCCCUGCUGGUGUCUACAUGUGUUUCCGUGACCUCCGUGACGAGCACGUGUUUGUUGUCAUCUACGCCGUCUUGUCCAGUUAUUUCGCCGGUGUCAUGGUGCGCCUGAUGCUUACUCUCACUCCAAUCGUGUGUGUCGCGGCUGCCAUGGCUCUGUCGUACGUUCUGGAUACCUAUCUGCUUAUCAAGAGCCCAGCGCCUCAGCCAAAGGAUACCAGUGCGGCCAAGAAUGCCGAGGGUCUCCGAGCAGAGCGUGGCACUGUUUACGGUAUUACGUCGACCUUUUCCAAGACUUUCACCACCUCGGCUGUUAUUGGUUAUCUCAUCCUUUUUGUUGCUCACUGCACUUGGGUUACUUCCAAUGCAUACUCUUCGCCAUCCGUCGUGUUGGCCAGCCGCAUGCCGGAUGGAAGCCAGUUCAUCAUUGACGACUACCGCGAGGCAUACUACUGGCUGCGCCAAAACACCGAGCAAAACGCCAAGAUUAUGUCCUGGUGGGAUUACGGAUACCAAAUUGGAGGCAUGGCCGAUCGCCCAACACUUGUUGACAACAACACCUGGAACAACACCCACAUCGCCACUGUCGGAAAGGCCAUGAGCUCGCGUGAAGAAGUCAGUUACCCGAUCCUCCGCGAGCACGAUGUCGACUAUGUCCUGGUUGUCUUUGGAGGAUUGCUGGGUUACUCGGGAGACGACAUCAACAAGUUCCUGUGGAUGGUCCGUAUCGCAGAGGGCAUCUGGCCGGACCAGGUGAAAGAGCGAGAUUUUUUCACCCCUCGCGGCGAGUACCGAGUCGAUGACCAGGCCACUCCCACGAUGCGCAACAGCUUGAUGUACAAAAUGUCCUACUACAACUUCCACAAGCUCUUCCCCGCGGGCCAAGCCCAGGACCGCGUGCGUGGCUCCAAACUCCCCUCCGAGGGCCCGCAACUCAGCUCGCUCGAGGAAGCAUUCACCAGUGAGAACUGGAUUAUCCGUAUCUACAAGGUGAAGCCCCUCGACAACGUUGGUCGUGACCACCAGAGCGCCGUUGCGUUUGAAAAGGGCCACAAAAAGAAGAAGAGCUCGAAGAGAAAGGGUCCUCCCGUUCUCCGUGUUGAAUAA